AACUCGCUAAAUUGUCCAGGCUGGGUUUAAACUUGUCAUACUUCAUUAAAGAGUCCACCACCACACCCACCUCUCCCUUUUAUUCUAACGGUAUCCUCCUUUGUCUGAUUUAUAGUGCGCACCAGUGUCUGCACUCAUCAUAUUUAUUUACGCAAUGUCUCCUGUUAGAUCAUUGGCCACGUCGUGCAAGGUGGCACAUGCCUGUAAUCCUAGCUGCUCAGGAGGCUGAGGCAGGAGGAUCAUAAACUCAAGCCCAGCUUGGACAAUUUAGUGGGACCAAGUCUCAAAAUAAAAAUGUUAAAAGGGUUGGGGUGUAGCGUAGUGGUUGAGUACUCUCCCAACAUGUCAGUUCCCUGUACCUUAAGGAAACAAACAAGCAAACAAAAAGUCAUUCCCCUGAGGGGGGGCAUCUCAGUCAUACUAUGUCCCCACCACCCAGCACAGCACUUGUGACACUGCAAGCUCUUGACAAAUACACAUCAAAUGACCAGAUGGACACUACUAAUAAAAGCAAGUCAUUACAGGAGGCAGAGGCAGGAGGUUUGCAAGUUUCAGCUCAAUCAGAGCAACUUAUCGUCUUAGCAAGACCCUAUCUCCAAAUAAAAAAUUUUAAAGGGCUAAAAAGAAAGAAAUAAAAAAGAGGAAAAGGGUUGAGAAUGUAGGCACUGGGUUCAAUUCCCAGGACCGAAAAUAAAACAAAAGCGCGAACAAGUUGUCCCUAAUUUUCUCAGGUAGUGAGUUCUCCAUUAAGAGAGGUGUCCAAGUAGAAAUUUAACGACCAUAUCUUGCAGUUAAUUCAGUCUGCAAGGUCCCAACCCAUGCCUCAGUUUCCUCACUUAUGCAAUGGGUAUGCUGUGUUGGGCCGGCGCUCCCAGCGCAGCUCUCGCCUGCGAUCUCCGCAGCGGCCACCAGGGGGCGUGUGCACUACCUUGGUGCCGCGGCCCGUUCGCGACGCUCCUCGAAGGUUCGGCGCCGGCGGGGCGGGGCGGGGGGCGCGUGCGCGGGGAGGGGGCUCAGGCGCGCGCUUCGGCCCGUGCUCGCGGGGGCGCGCACGGCCUCGGGAACGCGCGCGACGCAGAGUCCAUUUUUACCCGAGCGAGGCUAAAAAUAGUCGCGGCGCUCGGAGCCGAGCCCGAAAUAGCCGCCCCCAGAUAAGGCAGGACGACUCAGCGCUUCCGGGGAGCGGAAGGGGGAUGGGGGGGCGCCGGGCGGAGUGGGUCCCCGCGUCCCCAGCGCGCCCCACCGCGUCCCUCGGCCAGCGGCUUCAGGCGCGACUUCAGCGCCCGCCCGCCCGGUGCCGUCCUUCCCCGUGUCCUGUGCCCCAUCCUCCGCCUCGCUCCGUCCCCAUCCCACACCGCAGCUCCCCUCCCCCCGCGCCCGGGCUCCCCAGCUUUCAUUCUCAGCCCUGCCCCCCCGCUCUGUCCAAAAUGUCUCCCAAGCGCCCUACUUGUGUCCCGGUGCCCCUCCCCGCCCCGCCACGCGCCUCUGGCUCUCUGGACUCUGCGCCCCAACGCUGACCCUGACCCGGCCACUCUGGGGUGCGGCUCGGAAGGCCAGGGCCUGCGUGGGGGCUGGAGGGGAGGUCUCACUCCCCGCGGCCCGGGCCUCGGUCUGGGGUCACAGUGGGGCUCAUCCUGUGACCAGACUCCAGCCUCAGGCCGGAGACAGAGCCCUGCAGGUCCUCGGUCGCCAAGGCUGAGGGCUCUGUGUCGCCAAUCAGGGUUCAGCCGGGGACCCACUGCUUAGCUCACG